CAUGUUUGUCUUCACUCUGUUGUCUGUUGGACUUGAAUUGAAGUAUCAGAUUACUUUAAAUCCUGGGGACCACUGAAUAUGGGGAUGGACUCUGAGGUCAACACUUCCACUGCUGUGGCAGAAUAUGGAGGAAAAAGCGCUUUUACACAACUGGAGCACAACAUAGUGGCUGGAUAUCUGAUUACUGCAGGUGUCAUCAGUCUCAGCAGUAACAUUGUCGUCCUGCUGAUGUUUGUGAAGUUUAAGGAACUUCGAACCGCCACCAACUCCAUCAUCAUUAACCUGGCAUUCACCGACAUCGGAGUGGCAGGGAUUGGAUAUCCGAUGUCUGCAGCAUCCGACAUCCACGGAAGCUGGAAGUUUGGAUACACAGGAUGUCAGAUCUACGCAGCUCUGAACAUCUUCUUCGGCAUGGCCAGUAUUGGUCUGCUGACCGUGGUGGCCAUCGACCGCUACCUGACCAUCUGCAGACCAGAUAUAGGUCAGAAGAUGACAGUUCGUUCUUAUAACCUCCUCAUCGCGGCGGCGUGGCUGAACGCUGUGUUCUGGUCGUCAAUGCCGGUGGUGGGCUGGGCUGGAUACGCCCCCGACCCCACAGGAGCAACAUGUACCAUCAACUGGAGACACAACGACGCAUCUUUCAUCUCCUACACUAUGACAGUCAUUGCUGUGAACUUCGUGCUUCCUCUGUCCAUCAUGUUCUACUGCUACUAUCAUGUGUCUGUGACUGUGAAGAGAACCAGAGCCUCCAACUGCCUGGACAGUGUCAACGUGGACUGGUCUGACCAGAUGGACGUCACCAAAAUGUCAGUAGUUAUGAUCCUCAUGUUCCUGGUUGCCUGGUCUCCUUACUCCCUGGUGUGCCUCUGGGCCUCCUUCGGGGACCCUGGGUCCAUUCCUGCCUCCAUGGCCAUCAUCGCUCCGCUCUUCGCUAAGUCCUCCACCUUCUACAACCCCUGCAUCUAUGUGGUCGCCAACAGGAAGUUCAGAAGAGCCAUCAUUGGGAUGAUCCGAUGUCAGACCAGGCAGAGAAUCACAAUCAACACCCAGGUUCCCAUGACGAUGUCCCAACAACCUCUGACCCAGUGACAGGACAUGGACCAGGAAAAACCUCCAAGA